AUGGUUUUUUUCUAUUAAAGCUUCCAAAACUCCUUCAUUCCCUCUGACACUUGUUGCUGUUGCCUGCGCGUCACCGGGAGAGGCCAAAUUAAACCGCUUCAGCGUUUCCUUUGGGAUUUCCCGCGGGGAGUGAUGAACUCCAUCGACCCUCAGUCCCAUCACCAGCACCACCACACCUCCCCUUCAGUCGGCUCUCUCCCACCUAAAGGCGCCCAGGAGUCCCCGGACAUGGCCGCAGUCUACUGCGACAACUUCAGCAGCAUGUAUCAUCAGCAGAGCCUCCAGGGCGCACAGAGACCUGCUGGCUACGGCCUCGGGGACUACGCUUCGUCUCCAAACCCGUACCUGUGGCUCAACGGGCCAGGCGUCAACUCCUCCGCGUCUUACCUGCACGGGAACAACCCAGCGUCGUUCAUCCCGCCCUCCUACGGCUCGCAGCGGCAGUUCAUAACGAACUCACCUGGAUUCGGCGGGCCUGACCUUGGCUGGUUGUCCAUCGCCAGCCAGGAGGAGCUGCUGAAGCUGGUCCGUCCGCCCUACUCCUACUCUGCGCUCAUCGCCAUGGCCAUCCAGAAUGCGCACGAGAAGAAGCUGACGCUGAGUCAGAUUUACCAGUACGUGGCCGACAAUUUCCCCUUUUAUAAGAAGAGCAAAGCCGGCUGGCAAAACUCGAUCAGGCACAACUUGUCUCUGAACGACUGCUUCAAGAAAGUCCCGAGGGACGAGGAUGAUCCAGGAAAGGGGAACUACUGGACGUUGGACCCAAACUGUGAAAAGAUGUUUGACAACGGAAAUUUCCGCAGGAAAAGGAAAAGACGUUCAGAUCCAAGCAGCGUUGGAGGAGCAGCAGCCACAGCCAUGAAGGUGGAGGAAGGCAGGCCGACGGCAAGCGCCCCUCUGAAGCCCUCAGACAGUCCACAGCUCCUGGGGCCUUCCUCUCCAGAGAUGGAGACAAUGAAUGACAACCACAAAAACUCAUCUUCGUCGCCGCCUGGCGUGGCCUCGAGUGCUCCGUGUUUUAAUAACUUCUACAGCAAUAUGUCUGCUCUCAGCUCAGGGCCCCCCAGCCGACAGGGGUCCCUCGGACUGGUGAACGAGCUGUCGAACCGGAACAUAACUGCCCUGAGCCCGUACCACCCUAGCCACGGUGGGCAAGACGCCGGUGCAUCGGAGCACAGCGAAGGUUUGCAUUUCAACCGUGGAGUGUACUACAACACGUUUGGCAGCGGGCAGAGUGGACAGUUUAACGGUCACUUCUACAACAGCUUCAGCGUCAACAGCUUGAUCUAUCCCAGGGAUGGGACUGACCUAUAGGAGAUGCCUCACCUCGGCUUCACACUGUUUUACAUUAAAACUCUGUGAAUCCCACCAGAAAAAAACAACAAAAACACAUGCAUAUGCAUUUAAUUCAGCAGGAAGGUCAGAGUACAGACUGAGAUGGAACGUCCUGCAGCCCUCUGCAACAAAACCACACUUCCUUCACUGAUCAGCAUACCAGAGAGAUUAAAAAAACACAAAAAAAUCUGUACGCUUCAUUUAACUUUGACAAAAACAUGAGCACUUGUGUUUUUUUUUCCUUAGAAUGAAAUCAAAGUUCCUGCUGUGUUUUUCCAAGGUCCAAAUUCAAACAAAUAUUGAGUUUUUUUCAUAAUAUUUUAAAUAUUCUACACCUUCUCUUUGUUUCAUGUCCAAGAUUUUAAUGUAGAUUGAUAUUCAUAUAUAUAUAUAUUUUUAUUAUUCUAUUUCCUUUUUGUUUUCAUAUUUCCUAAGUGGAGCUCAUAUAUAAACCUGCCAAAUCCUUCCACUUCAUCACAAAUACCGAAACAUGUUAUAUGUUAACACAAACCUGCCAAAGUUGCCUUUGUAACACCAUCAAUACCUCAAAUCAAUAAUCACAUGUAAUGAGAGUUCGCUGCCAUGAAAGCUUUGCUUUGUUUAAGAGAAAUGCAGUAACGUUUGAUUUCACACGCGUAUGGACUAGAACAGGGCUCGCCUCGUUGUUUAUAUCCUCCAUGUUGACUGAAAUCACAGCACUGUGGCUCAUGUAAAUACAGGUUGACUUGAUAGAUGUGUAUUUUUGUAAAUGAUCGAGAUAGUUUGUGAGUAUUUAUGCUAUUUAUGUUCAUAGACAUUUUUUCUACUGUUGCCUGAACAUAGCUUGAUUAAUGCAGAAGUUAAUAUUAGCUUCAGAAAGCACCAAGAACAGUAUCAUUUGAAACAAAAAAAAACCCAGAUGUCAUAAAAAUACUAUAUAUAUAUAUAUAUAUAUAUAUAUAUAUAUAUAUAUACAUACAUACAUAUUUAUAGUUAUAUCCUUUAUCAUGGUUUUUUCUCAGGAUGCAAUCUGACAAUCAUUGAAUGGCUUUUGUAUCUAAUGUCUUUUUUUCUUUCUAUAGUAAAUACAUUCAGACAGUUUCAGCUGUGAGCAUAA